CUGCCAAACUUUAUCCACACCGUUAACGUUAGCCCGUUAAUUACAACACACUGGUUUAAUUCCUUUACCUCGACCUAGCAACAAAGAGCCGGACACUAUAAAUUUAUUUUAUUUUUUAUCGUUUUAUGUAGGUGGGGAUUCUGCUGUUGCAUCAUGCAGCCGGAUGCCGCACAAGGGGUUUGUAGCCAAAGCGAGCUGUUCGAUUCUCUGAAGGUGUAUCUGAACAACAAGAACAGACUACAACCCAUCAUUGGCCUGGGCAGCAUUAUAGAAUGUGUGAAGGUGGAUGCACGCAGCAGAAACACACUUUACUUGUGUGAGGUGUGUGUGUGUCGACUUGGUAAAGCUGACAUGCGGAACCACAUCAUGGGAAGUCUCCACAGAUACAACUACAUUAAAACCUGGUACCCACAGUUAUUGUCUGAGUGGAAGGAGAACUCCGACCUGCCUAAGCUGGCCUGGCCACUGAUGGAGAUAGCCAAGACAAUUGAGGAGACAGAGGGGGCUGGACAUGUCCAGUUGUUAGAGGUUGAAGACACUGUAUACCAGAAGAUGGCAACACACAGUGAGAAUGAUGCAGUAACUCUGAUAAAUUCCUUAAGAGAGUGGCAGGGGCAGGGUGCACCUGAGACGGAUUCAGAGACUACAUCUGUGCUGCUGGAGGACUAUCCCAUCCAGUCGCAGAGGAUUGUAUUGCUUGCCCAGAACAAAUGGAGAUGGUUUGAGAAAUCCCGCAAGGCUGACAUGAUACAACAUAAGACCUCAGCACAGACUAACGAGCCUCCAGCACUGAUCCAGUCAACAGCUUCUUCUGUCAAGUCAGAAGGCUGGUUAAAAAACAUCUCAGCAUCACAGUUAGACAAUACACAGAAGUCAUCUGAACCCUGUUUGCCUCCAACGAAAAGCAGCAGCUUUCUUGAUUGCUACACAGGAACCAAGCCUCUUAUUGGUCUUUUCCGUGUGGUUGAGUGCAAGAGUGAAGAUGGCCGCACAUACGCUUUCUUAUGCCACUGUUGCCGCAUCAGAUCCAACAAAAAGGACAUUAUUGAUCACCUAACUAGCUCUUCCCAUCUCAUCAACUACUUGAUGGAAACUCAUCCUGAGCAAGUGGAAGCAGUGACAGCAGAUAUUUAUGACAACUGUCAGUUUCUCCAGUCACUGGCCAAGAAAGUGGAGCAAGAGGAGGGCAGAGGAGAGCAGAAGGUGGUAAACGUACCAGAAUCACUCUGUAUCCUACUGACGGGCAAAAGUUACCACUGGUGUAUAAAGAUGCUGUGUAAUGAAUGGACACACACUAGUACCCAGAAAAACAAAAUAACUGUCGAAGGGCCAGGUGUGAACAAGACAUCAGUUGAAGGCGUGUCAGAGAAACGUGCUGUAGUGCAGUCAAAAUGGGCAAAAAGGAUGAAGACAAAUAGGAGGAUGAGGAAAGUGACUAAUACUGUGUUCAAGGUAAGCCUGCCUCUUACCAAAGGUUCAGUGCUGCUGGAGAGGAUGUCUUUCAGUGAGGACAGCCUCCGUGUGUCACAUUCACAUUCAUCGGCCUCAGACCUUAUUCCAUCGCCAGAGUCCCUGACAGAGGACAAUGAGUUGGACUGUGACACUGGAUCACUUGCAGUGAACCACUUUGAACAUCCCUCAAGGUGUGCAACCUUACAACUUCAGCCAGACCACCGUAGUGGAGAUACACAGGCUGGUCAAUACAUGGGACUGCAGAGAAACUACACAGUCACUCAGUAUCAAAAGGUGGAUAGUUACUACAGUGAUGAUGAAUGUUUCAGCCAGCCCGAAGACACAACUGUGACAAAAGACCAAAAGGUUUAUGGGGAAAGGAAUUACAACAGACAGCAUUGCUCUCAAGGAAGAUCAAGUAAGAACUUUAAUAGAGAGUUGAAAAAUGAAGACCUACAGAAACAAAAUGAGGGGUUGUCGCUUGACGUGCCCCACACUCAGGACUGGGCGUCUUAUAACCCUUCCUACAGAUGGGAGGAGGGUUUCACUGCGCAGCGGUACUGUGCAGCUUCACAGAGUAAGGUUGACACAAGAGUGGAAGUGUCACGAGAAGAGAAACUGAAGGAGAUAAGCUCAGGUGAUACACAACCUUAUUACCAACAACAGCUGCAACAUCACUACAGGGCACCAGAUCAUACAAGUCUUCUGACAGGCAGUGUGGGGUGUCACAGUGUGUCUGUUGAACUGGUUCCUCAUGCUGCUAGGAUCAACACGGAUCCUUAUUCAGGAGAUUUCCUUGCUCACAGCAGCAGCAGCAUUGCACCAGAGCCUAGAAUACACUUUCUUGAGUCUGAAAAGAAACAGUUGCAAGCAUACAUAGAGUUCACCACUAGCCAUGUGCAGACAGCUCCACAAAGUUAUAUGAUGCAACCUGCAGCCUAUCAAGCCACUCAAAUAGGCCAUUGGGUGAUUUCUGACACCGGCUACAGUAAUGGACUUAGGGCAAACCCUGAACAGCACUUUCCUCAUCCAGGCAGCAGCAGCAGCGGUGGUGGUGGUGGUACCACCUCCCAGUCAUAUGCUUUCACCCCACCUGUGCAAGCUCUGUAUUAUGGAACACACUCUGAUCUUAAUUUCAGAGACACUAAGUUUUGAUCUCAGGCAGUGGUGUCCCCCAUUGAAUUAGACCACGCUUACAUGGUCCAGCAUGGGUUCUAAUAAUACUGUGUCAUUGUAAUGUUCAUCUAAAAUGCAUCUGUUUCUGUCAGAAGUUGGGAGUCUCAUAAUGAAGGGGAUGUUUUGCCUGUAGUGAUACAACUGUUUGUUAUUACAGAGUAAUGGCACCAAAAUUGCAAUCUACUUUUUCUACAUCUACUUUUGAAAAGAAAUGUUAAUGUUUUGAAACGUGUCAUGAAGUGUCAAAUAUGUUGCUUAAUAGCUUAUUACUGAAUAAAGCACUGCUGAGGUUGGAUGAUUUUGCCCCUUAGCUGGAGAUCAAACAUCUUUAAUCAUAGACACUAUAAAGUUCUUUUGGUUUUUGAGUAGUGGAUUUUGGUUUCAGUGCAAAGCAUCAUUGUGAGGUGCCUUUAAUUCAGUAACGUUCGGUGAUGUGUUCGGAGUCCAAAGUUUCAUGGCGCAGCAGUGACUCUUAACUAAUUUAUUCAGCCUUUGACCAAACAUGACUCUGUAUGGUACACCAGCAAUGGUGCACUGAUUCCAUCCAUUCCUGAAAUUCAUAUUUGAAGAUUGUGACAUACAAUGGUCUGUGUAAUAGUGUGUAAACCGCUGCUAUUCAGUACAAGGUUAACUUGCAAGCAUUAACUUAAAAACAUAAUCCAAUAAAAGUGUCAUCAUUCAGCCACAAUAACACUAGGUUGCUAUAAACAAGAUUGGGAAAUGAUGUGAGUGAUAAAUCUAUCACCCUCUAACAGUGUAAGGCGACCAAACCUAUUAUAUGUUGUAUGCUUAUCAGCUGGUGUAAUGAGCUUAAACUACUUAAU